UAUUAGCUCCGGUGGCUGUUGCCGCGGGAGGGGGUGUGCUAGAGCGGCGGCGGCUCUCUGGGCGUGGCUUUCACUCUGGGGAAAGGGUCCGUGGAGUGUGAGGGGAGGCGGAGGAGAUGGCGACUACGGCGCGGGAAGAUGGCGCCUGCGGCCAAGAGCAAGUGCGGCGGGGCUGCGAACAUUAUGACAGAGGAUGUCUCUUGAAGGCACCUUGCUGUGACAAACUUUAUACUUGCCGGCUGUGUCAUGAUAACAAUGAAGAUCAUCAGCUAGACCGCUUUAAAGUAAAGGAAGUGCAGUGCAUAAACUGUGAAAAAAUUCAGCAUGCCCAGCAGACUUGCGAAGAAUGUAGCACAUUGUUUGGAGAAUAUUAUUGUAGUAUAUGCCAUCUAUUUGACAAAGACAAGAAGCAGUAUCAUUGCGAAAGCUGUGGAAUUUGUAGGAUUGGUCCAAAGGAAGAUUUUUUCCACUGUUUGAAAUGUAACUUAUGCCUAGCUAUGAAUCUCCAAGGAAAACACAAGUGUAUUGAAAAUGUCUCCCGGCAGAAUUGUCCAAUAUGUCUGGAGGAUAUUCACACAUCUCGUGUUGUUGCUCAUGUCUUGCCAUGUGGACAUCUUUUACACAGAACAUGCUAUGAAGAAAUGUUGAAAGAAGGCUACAGAUGCCCAUUAUGUAUGCACUCGGCUUUAGACAUGACGAGGUACUGGAGACAGCUGGAUGAUGAGGUAGCACAGACUCCUAUGCCAUCAGAGUAUCAGAACAUGACUGUGGAUAUUCUCUGCAAUGAUUGCAAUGGACGAUCCACAGUCCAGUUCCAUAUAUUAGGCAUGAAAUGUAAGAUUUGUGAAUCCUACAAUACUGCUCAAGCUGGAGGACGUAGACUCUCACUAGACCAGCAAUGACCAGCCCGUACUACACUGGAAAACUCAGCAUUUUCUGAUAUAGAAAAAGGCUUUCCUUAGUGUCCUGUUGUCAUAAUGUGUCACAAUCUAUGCAGUAGAGUUGGUGUGUUUUGUACUAGUGUCACAGCAUAAAAUCAUAUUACAAUUACUUAAGGAUUCAGGGUCUAUUUAUAGAAUUAUCAUAGCUCUAUAUUGGAUGCAAGCCACUGCGCUUGUGUUUCGAUUGGAGAUCCCUUUAGUAUGAGUUGUUUGGAAGCCAAUGAUGUUUGCCAUUGAAAUUCACAUCCAUAGAAGUAUGUCAUACUUCUGUGGAACUUUGCUUUAAGUGACACUGUGCACGCAGAGUUUAGUUCUUGAGAGAACUGCACCUAAUCCUCAGUAUUCUGUACUUUUUAAGGGCUGUGCUAUAAUGAGAACAGGUUCUAUCUUACGGUUAAAAUCUAAUUACAUAUGCUUUAGAAUUUCCUAAAACAGUCCUGUAAAUGUGAAUUUUAAUGUAAUGACUGCUAAUAAAAUUAUAUUGAAACAAUGUUUCAUAGAA